AUUGUCAUUCUUAUAGUUGCUGCAUUAGCGCACGGCUGCAUUUGGAAACCUUGAACUCUUAAUAUACAUUUUAGCAAAGGGAGCGUUCAUGUGUGAGACGGCGCUUAUUCGGGUUUGAAGACUGUGAAAUCCGUCCGUCGUUGAGUACGUGCGAUCGUUGAUUUUUUGGAUCCUCGAUGGAACUUGAAGCGAUUUAUUCCGCGGUAACUCUGUUUUCGUUGGCGAUGUGCGCUCGAGCGGAGUAUUUGAAUCUUGCUGACGUCCGUAAUCCUAGUCCGCCGCCCCCGAAGAAACCAAUAUUGAAGCACGCACCCGAAAUCUUGCGCCUCUUGGUGGAUGAUGCUGAUGUCCUGUUCAAUGAUGAAGGCGAUGAAAACAUGAUUUCAAACUGGAAAAAAGUUAGCAAGCGCAUGAAAGAAAUAUCUGGUGAACUGGAUCGCAUUUUCGCAAAUUCUGGCUCCGACAGAACAAGCGAAGGCAAGGAAAAAGACAGCCUGGCUGAAAAGCUGGACUGGUUCAUUGGCUUUGGGGAGGAGAGCAAGGAGGACAAUAGGUAUCUGAAUCUGAAACUGAACCUGCACGAUGGUCAUCCCAAGAGUCCCAGUUUGUCGAAAGUUCGUCGAAGCCUAAGUGAUGAGUCUUCAACCAAUAAAAUCUCGGUCACCGCGAACCCGAAAUCACACAUCCUGCUAAUUGAAGUUGAAGGUCGGGACAACCAGGGAAGAGCUGCCAUUCCUGUUCCGAGCUAUCCUCUUCGGUCCUGGAACAACGAAUCUGACUUCUUCGCGCCAAGAAUCAUCCCUCAUGAGAAGCCUGCAAUUGAUGAACCUGGGCUGGGCAAAUUGAUUCUCAGUGCGCAGGCCUCUCUCUUCCGCGUGCGCAACGCACUGGCUGAAAACCUGAGUUGUGGCUCGGCGACUGGCGUCAUUAUUCACCACCUUUCAAAGCAACUCGAGGGAAAGCUCUCACGUGACGAUAUUGAAGAAAUGUGUAGGCAAUACAAGGCUAGGUCACACGUACGUCGAGAUGCUUCGGAGGAAGAAACGCGGACCGAACAAAGCCUUUCGGUGUUUGAUAUUGACAUGGAUGAUUCAGAGGUCAGCAUGAACUCAACAGACGAUGCAAGUGAUACUGAAUUAGAGGAUACCAAUCAGUCUCCGGAGUCAGAAAUUUUUGAUAUCUGGAGAGGUCUUAAAGGGCAGCUGCUGUCUGUCUUCCAUCAUGAAGAGAAUACGGAAAAACAUCGUGUCAUCUCGGACGAAAGAAUGGAUGAUCUAAAGCGAUUCAUGGGCUCGAAUGAAACCGUUAGCAGAAAGCGUCCUUUGCUUCGCGAAGAGGAUUCCGAGUUGCCAACGGAAAAGAUUGUGGACCGAUUCGAUCCGGAUGAUGUCGAGGAAGACGAACAGGUGGAAGACGAACAGGUCCAUGAUCAUCACCAUGAACCGGCUAACUCCGUACGUGAAGAGGACAGCGAAAAUUAUGAAACUGAGGAUGAAAUUGCGACCGAGCACGAUCCAGAUCAACUUGCAUUAACUGCUCGCAAGACCUGGGAUAUGACUCGAGGUUACGCCGCGAACCAAACUCCCAUCAUCCAUCCAUCGCUGGGCACUACCUCAGCAUCUUCAGCCUCACCGAAAAGUACUACGGCGCAACUGCGAGGCACAACUCUGAGCCCCACAUCUGGAGAAGAUACAAAAUCGAAUGAUGCAGAUAGCGCGAAUGGCUUCACAGCACCUCAUGGAAUCCUCACCAGUAUCCCCGAAGCAUCAAGAAUUGAAUUAGUGUUAACGACGGAGAUGUUGGCGGAUAAUCGUCCCGCGACACCGCUUGAGCAAGCUGGCCCCGAAGUCCCGACAUCCUCAUCUGCUUCACCAGAAGAAGAAUUCCUGGAUCAUGCUACGGCGCAACUGCGAGGCACAACUCUGAGCCCCACAUCUGGAGAAGAUACAAAAUCGAAUGAUGCAGAUAGCGCGAAUGGCUUCACAGCACCUCAUGGAAUCCUCACCAGUAUCCCCGAAGCAUCAAGAAUUGAAUUAGUGUUAACGACGGAGAUGUUGGCGGAUAAUCGUCCCGCGACACCGCUUGAGCAAGCUGGCCCCGAAGUCCCGACAUCCUCAUCUGCUUCACCAGAAGAAGAAUUCCUGGAUCAUGAGAAUUCUAACAACAAAGCUCAACAAGUCGAAGCCGAACUUGAAACCGGGGAGAACGGAGCGGAGACUUUCCACCGUCAUGUCAUUGUAAGCAUUGGACUGAUGUCGCUCCUUGGAAUCAUAGCCAUUAUUGUGUUGGCAAUCGUGCAUCAAUCCGUGACGUCCCGCGGUCAUCGUCGAGUUUCUGGGCGAAACGACAUUGAGUUAGGCGAGACACCUACACGGAAGAAACCAAAGGAACGCAGAGCCACCGUUACUACUCCUUUGGAAUCUUCUCCAAGAGAUGUCGCUAAGUUAGAAGAAUGAAGGGGAACAGCAGCUUGGUGAUGGAAUUUCGCUCAAUUCCAGCUUUGCCCCGCAUUCAGCUUUUGAGGGCGAGCUGUCCCGUGAUGAGUUUUUGAAUCACGUCGGAAGGUUUUCAGUGUGAUAUCUGAAGAAUUCAUCAAUAGUUAGCAUUCUUCCCUAUCUGAUCCAUUCCCUGUGGCGGCUUUUCUUGUGUUCCUUUUUUUGUUUUUCGAGAGCACGGGAUCAGCUGUGCGUUUUGUUGGAAACGAGGAAGUGAGAUUUUAAUGUGAAUAAAUCCGGCGCUAAAAAACAAA